CUUCGAUUGCUCCCGUGCUGUCAAAGCACGUAAACAUUAAAUUGUUUCGCAGGUUACAAAAUUACAACAAAACUUAAUAUGUCUUCAAUCUACGAAGCGGCCACUACCAUUAAACCAAAAUCUCCCGAGGAAGAGCAUGUAUUGAAGAACCUUUGGUCGAUUCGACCGUGUUACUUAUAUAAUGAAGAGUACGACGACUGCACCAGCAUCAAGGCCCGGUUCCAUCAGUACUUCAUACACGGAGAAUCGAUCGACUGCAAUCAGUGGAAGCGAGAUUUCGAUAACUGUGUCCGGUUCGAGAAGAAUGCAACGGAUACGAAAAGUGCCCUGGAGCUAAUACAGAGCGAACAAAGCCGGCGCGAAGAACGGAUGCGGGCCCAUUACAGCAACAACGUGUGGACGAAGCGAAAGUCCCCACCGGAAGAUUGGUCCAAACCACUGCCGGAACACAUGCAGAAGGAGUACGAAACCACCUUUCUAGCGUCGAAAGCGAAAGAACUGAGGGAAGGCUCUCACACACCGGAAGCGGAAAGUUCGUCCUGUGCUAUAAUGUGACCGGGCACCACCAACCAAGUCAGCAUUUGUUUUUAAGUAAUUUCUCUCGCUAUUGCACGUUUCGUUGCUGUGCAGUAAGUGUUGUUUUGAAGGAAAAAAAAAUUGUAUUUCAUUUAAACUUAGAAAGUUGUGUUCGUUUCUGGAUAAAAGAAUAACUUAGCGUACAUACGUUCAGAUAAAUAUUGUGUGCACCUACACUUACUCUUAAA